AUGGCUCUCAUCACACUCGCUGGUCUCCCCGCCGCAGGAAAGUCCCAUCGCGCAGCACAGAUACGCGACUAUCUCGCCGAAAACCUGCCCGACUUCCACGUCAGCAUCCUCUCAGACCACUCCCUCGGAAUAGCGCCCAGCGCAUACGAUGACAGCCCCUCCGAGAAGCCGGCGCGUGCCGCCCUCUUCACCGCCAUCCAGCGCCAGCUCGCCACAGACACAGUCCUCAUCGUCGACUCCCUCAACUACAUCAAGGGCUUCCGCUACCAGUUAUACUGCGCCGCCCGAGAGAUGAAGCUCAGAACAUGCACAGUCCAUGUCGUCGCAACCCCCGAGCUGUGCAGAGAGCGUAAUUUACUCCGCGAAACGCGCUACGCCCCAAACACUCUAGAGAAUCUCUUCGUCCGCUUCGAAGAGCCCUCCUCCAUGGUCCGCUGGGAUGCACCCCUCUUCACCAUCCUCUGGUCCGACGAGCACAUCCCAGGCCCCGACAUCUUGGAGGCUAUCACCAAAGGCAACCUCAAGCCGCCCAAUUCGGGCACCCUUUCCGUCCCAAAGGCGCCAACAGAUGCCCUUCACGUCCUCGAGCAGACGACAGCCACCGUGGUCUCCGCGAUUGUCUCCGCCUCCAGUGCACAGCCAACCGGCGGGACCGUGAUCGUCCCCGUCGGCCCGUCCAUCAAGCCAUCUAUCACCCUCCCCCCGCGCACCAUCACACUCUCGGAGAUGCAGAGGCUCAAGCGGCAGUUCGUUACGAUCCACAAAAAGGCUAUUACAUUGGGAACGACGGAACGGGGAGCAGUGGAUUGGGAGGAAGAGAGUGUGGCGGUCAAGUUUGUCGCGUAUGUACAGGACAACCUCCGUUAG